CUCCCUCCCCCCAAAAGCCCCAGACAGGCCGCCUGCGACCAACCAACGCGACCAACCAAUCUUGCGCUGCCCGCCUACCCUUCCUUCGCCGUGUGCUGCGUUCCAUCCUCCUCCACCUGCCCUCUCGCGUCGUCUGCCUUGCCCUGCCUUUUGGCUUACUGUAGGCCCUACCCGCCGCGCUGCCCUCUCCCGUACUUUUUUCCCCCUCCCCAUCCCCCAUCCCAUCCCAUCCCAUCGCAUCCCCCAUCCGUCCCGACUGAACACGAUCUCUAGUCCUAUUAUUAGAAGCUUCCAACGCCAGAUCCCGCCCCAUCUGCACGAAACAUCUGCGCCGGCACAGGCGUCGCACGGUUUCCUCGUCCCUUACCAGCUUGCGUCUGCUCUGGCGCGCCAGGAACCGAACGGCCGUCUACUGGCCCGUCCUUGUCGGCGCAUGCACAGCACGACGCCCGCGAGCCUCGUUGGUGUGUCGGGAUCGCGACCCAUUCGACUGCACCACCCCAAUUCUUAUACCAACGCCUACGCGUGAACUCCCAGCUGCCGCUUGUCGAUUGCCAGUCGCAGCCUCUCGACUGUUGCUCUGCUCCUCUGCGCUGACUCAAGAGCCGCCGUCGUUGCUGCAGUUGAGGAAAUAUCGCCCAACGUCGGCUUCUCCUCACGACGCCUCAGUCACGCCCACGGCGCCGACUCUGUGCAGCCGCGUCCUCACGCCUUUGGUCUCGCGGCCUAGCCUCGCCGAUCGCCCGCCCCGGACGUCCGAUAUCGAGUAGCAGUCGUGCCUCGCCGCUUGCACCUCUCAUCCCGACGCUCCUCGCGCGACCGCAACCAUGGGGCGUAGAAAGAUUGAGAUCAAGGCUAUCAAGGAUGACCGGAACCGCUCGGUGACCUUCCUCAAGCGCAAAGGCGGCUUGUUCAAAAAGGCACACGAGCUGUCCGUCCUGUGUUCGGUCGACGUCGCCGUCUUCAUUUUCGGCAACAACAAGAAGCUCUACGAAUACUCCUCCUCAGACAUGAACGAACUCAUUCGGAGAUAUACAGUGGUUUGUGUCCUCCCUCGCCAUAUCUCAUCUCCAAGUGGGCUAACCGACCGACCCAGCAUGGCGGCGUCAACGAGCACAAGGGCCCUUCCGACUUCAACGGCGGCAAUGACGAGGAAGAAGACGAGGAGGGCGACGUGACGCCCCCGCGCGGCCCCGAGGCAGCUGUCGACCCCCAGAUGAUGCCUCCCCAGUUCCAUGGCCAACAGCCUCCCUUCUCCCAAAUUCUCCGUCACCACACGCCGUCCGCGUCACCGCCCAUCCCCAACGGCGUUCCCUUCCAGGGCCACCACCCGCACCACCCUCGCGGCCCGACACCGCAGCCGCAGAUGGGGUCUCGCCCCAGCUCGCGCAAUGACGGACGGCGGAUGACGCCCAGCAUGGUUCCUCAACCACCGCACGUCGGCCCGCAGUCGCAUGGGCCGCACCCCGGCAUCACCUACAUGCCCGCCCCGCCCAUUUACGCCGGAGGGAAUCAGCAGGGCAUGAUGCCGCAACCCGGCAAUCAGUACCCCUACCCGCCUCAACAGCACCAGCAGCAGGCCUACGUCGACGACCGAAGGUCGAUGCCACCGGGCUACGCAGCGCAGCCGCCCCAGCCGGUGCCCGUGGCCCGCCCGGAGCCGUCGCAUCCACAGCACUCGCAGCACUCACAACACCCACAACACCCACAGCAUCCACAGCAUCCACAGCACCUGCCCCAUCCUCCGAUGCCUCACAUCUCCCCUCCGCCACAGCCCACCCAGGAUCGCCGACCCCAGGACCCUCAGCCGCCGCCGCCGCCGCCUGUUGAGCCCAACACGGAGCGUUCUGACCGGCUACAGGUGCGGACGACGGCGGACACGACUAUCAAGAAGAUGCCGCAGCGCAAGUCCCAUAGCAUAUUCACGCCCAUCGAGGAGAAUCGCUCGAUCCUGUCUCAGCACCUGGCAUCGUUCGCAUCAGAGCCACAGGCUGUAAAGACGGAACAUUCUAUCAAGUCCGAGGCCGGGUCUGGACUAAACAGAUCGCAGUCGGUGGAGGCGGCUGGACUGCGAAGUGGGCCUACGUCGUCGCCUCCUCCGAAGCGCGAAGGCACACAGAGCAGCUUGGACAGGACACGGAACGCGUCUGUGUCGUCCAGUGCCGAGGACGCAUUUACGCCUCCCUCCAGGGCGAACAGCCUCAAAGUCAGCGGCGCGGUGGGCGGCACGAGACCUAGGGGCCCAAGGCUCACCGUGCAGAUUCCGGAUGGCGCGUCCGACCCCGGCAGCGCCACGGCAGAGUCCAACUCGCCGCACAACCCGGCCAUCACCCCGACGCAGGCGCCGCAGCGUCAGAACUCUCACUCUUCUGUCGUCUUGCCUCCGCCGUCACCGUCGGCUUCCGCCCUGUUGUCGGCGGGCGCGACCGGGCCACCGAAUCCGUUUGCGCGCCCGCCGCCGCAGCAGAGCGUCAAUGGUGAAACGCCCGUCUCGGCGCUGCCGUCACGCUUCCUCAACAACGAGCUGCUCCCGAGCCCCAGCAGCUUCUAUCCGGACUGGAACUUCCGCGGCAGCGACAGCAACACCCUGCCCAGCCCCCUAAACUUCGCAACGCCGGUGGUGGGCUCUGGCCCGAGCUUUCUGAGGGACGACCACGGUGCCUCCAGCAACGGCCACGCGGCCUUGACCUCGGCGGCGGCGGCGACGAGCACCACGGCGACGAGCGGACUCCCUGGUACGGGAAAGCGCAAGUCACCCGACUACGGCGCCGGCCCCCAUGGCGAGAGCCACCACGGCGUGGUGCCGAAUGAACCCAAGAGGGUCAAGGUCGAGUACUGACCUCACUGUCACUUCUACAUGUUUUGAUACGAGUCUGAUGCAUCGCGCCGAUACCCUUUUAAUCUUGGCGAUGGUCUCGUUGACGGCUUCAUUUCAUUGUUUGGCUGGCGAACAACGCCUUUGCCACUUCCUUCACAAGCGGCGGUUCUCAUAUACCCGGCUCGCAAAAUUCUGUCGUCCUCUGUAGCGGGCGGCGUCGGUGCGGCAGCCCGACGUAUCCGUGCUGAUUUCAUGGAACUCUUGGGGGCGGACUGGUCUGUUUCACUAUGCUUGAUUUGACGAUGGAAAGGGUCUUUUCUGGUUCGCAUCCGGGCCGCAUGGAUGAUGAGUGGAUCGAGGCUGGACUUGACGACGAGGCUAGGUUGCACAAUGAGGCGUUGGGUGUGUCAUUUUUGGCGGGCUACAUGUUCACAGGUAAUGGUGGAAGGGAAAAGCUUGAACGGUGUUUGCGCUCUCAUAUGUUUGCGCUCGCAUAAAAUAGGCAGCUUGCUGCAUGUCAAGGUGAUACGCACUGAACCUGCCAAGCCGCGACCCGAUUCGAGAUUGCGAAUGAAAUUGCUCCAAUG